AUGACCAACUUCGUUGUUGUUGACAACCAAAAGGGUAACAUAUCAAGAGGGAAGUAUUUAUUAUUCUUCAGUCAUAGGACAAUCGUCAGUCAUGUCGAGAAUCCCAGUUUUCUGCUAAAUGCUUUCCGAUUCAAAACCAUCCGUGAGUUACUAUAUGCUGAGAGGAUCGAUGACUCUGCAUUGUUUGACAUGAUUGGUGAAGUAGUUGGUAAAGAAGAUCCAAAAGAGUUUAUCACCAGCAAAGGAAAGGAGACUAAACGACUGGCUAUUAUCUUGAAGGGCCUCAAAAACAAUAGGAUUGGGUGCACUAUAUUUGGUGAAAUGGUUGACCAGCUACUUCAACACAUGCAAGAUGGAAGGGUUGAGCCACUAAUAGUUGUGGUCCAGUAUUUUAAGGCAACGAGAUGGAAUGGCAAGACAUCUAUCCAAAGCCAUUUUGACAUGUCACAGCUGCACAUAGACCCGACCUUAAAGAUGUUGCUGAAUUUAGGAGUAGUUGAUGAUCCUUUUGAACUAAUGUGUAGGCUGCUUGGCGGUGAACCAUCAUCCUCUGUGAGGAUUAGUCAAGAAGGUCCAGCUUGGAUUGCUGCAACCAUUGUUGCGAUUAAUGUUACAAAGGAUGAUUGGUUCUAUAAAUCAUGUAGAAAAUGUCCAAAGAAAGUAGAAAUUCCUAUUGAAAACAGAUAUGAAUGUGGGAAGUGUGGCCAUACACAUGGAUCUACAGCCCUAAGGUUCAAAGUCGAGGUGAUGGUUUUUGACAGAACCAGUAGCAUCUGCUUGCUACUGUGGGACAAGGAAACAAGUAUGCUUUGUGGGAAGAGAGCUGAACAGAUUAUGGAAGACCAUGUUAUAAUGGGAGAUGAAUAUCCCAAAACACUUGAUAACAUGAUGGACAAAAGAGUCCUUUUCAAGAUAAAUAUCAAAGAAGCCAACAUUAAUCAGUUUGAUCAUGUGUACAUAGUUAUGAAAAUUUGUGAUGAUGAGGAUAUCAUUGACAAAAAUCUUCCCAAAGAGUUGUUUACUAAUCUUCCGAGUAAUGUCAGUGAAAAUGGCUGCAACAACUAUUUGGAAAUUUCAGGAAAUGUGGCUAAUCUUAAAACUGAUUGUGAUAUUGAGUCUUCUAUGGAUGUCGUGGAGGAGUGCAUCUCAUCCCUCAAGUACCAAACACCAUCUAAAAGAAUUACCAAUGUAUUGAAGAAUUCUUCCCCAAGUCUGGAUGAACAUGAGGAAGAAGGCCAGCUGUCAACCAACAGGUUUAGCAGGCAGAUGGGAAAUAGACAGAAAUGUGUUAACCUUGAUGCAGAUAUAUGA